AAUCCCACUAACAGUUGAGCGUGGAAUAUUUAGUAGCCAGGAAAUGUCACGGAUGGACUUAUUGCCCAGGUGGCCACCUAUCACGGGACCACGCUUGGAGUCACUGAGCUCCUGAGAGCGACCCAUUCUUUCACCAAUGUUUGUAGAAGCCGUCUGCAUGCCUAGGGGCUUGAUUGUAUACACCUGUGGCCAUGGAGGGGAUUGGAACACCUGAAUCACAUGAUUGGGAGGGCGGGGCCAAUACUUUUGGCAAUAUACUGUAUGUGGAAUCCUUGCACUUAUUUGUUGUAAAUGUAAAUAAAUGGCUGAAAGUGACAAUACAAACCUGCAGACACGGGGAAGAGGCUUCCUUGUCACUGGACUACUGGAAUGGGAGAGAGGUGACUUGGUGGUGAGGAAACAUCUCGGGAACAGCAGUCCUUGUGAUUG